CUUUCGUGGAACCUGCUGGGAAUUAUCUCACCCUACACUUUCCCUUUAUUUGUGUUAUGGCUUUUUUAUUCGACUACCAAACACUUCCUCCGUCCACCAUAGCCGUCUAUAACAUACCAUAGCACAUACAGCUCUCUCUUAUUUUUAUUUUUAUUAUAUUAUAUAUUCUCUCUAAAACCUCUGUUUUACCGCUGCUUAUGAAUGAUGGCUAAUUACAGGCUACCCGCGACGAAUAUGUGGGCCGCCGCGACCCAUAACUCCGGCGAAAACGCUUCCAUGAUGGACGCAUUCGUAUCAUCCGAUCAGCCUCCGUUCUGGGCACCACCCGGUAGGUAUCAUCCGGGAGCGGUGGGUCCCCCUCAGCAGUCGUCAUCCGCCGCAUCUUCGGUAGUCCUCAAUCAGGAGACCCUCCAGCAGCGCCUGCAAAUCGUGAUCGACGGCGCCCGGGAGGCUUGGACCUACGCGAUUUUCUGGCAGGCAUCGGUGGCGGAUUUGGAAGCGACGUCGCUGUUAGGGUGGGGCGACGGUUACUACAAGGGGGAAGAGGACAGAGCCAGGCGGAGAAGAACCGCGACGUCUCCUUCUGAACAGGCUCACCGGAAGAGAGUUCUCCGCGAUCUGAAUUCUCUCAUUUCCGGCCCUGGCUCCGCCGACGAUUCCGUGGAUGAGGAAGUGACCGAUACGGAGUGGUUUUUCCUCGUUUCCAUGACCCACUCGUUUCAUUCCGGGUCGGGUCUUCCGGGUCACGCGUUUUACAGCUCGAGCCCGAUUUGGAUCGCCGGCCAGGAUAAUCUCGCGUCGUCUCCCUGCGAGCGAGCCCGUCAAGCUCAGGGUUUCGGGCUCCAAACCAUGGUCUGUAUUCCAUCUCCCAAUGGAGUCGUUGAACUCGGAUCUACUGAACUGAUUCACCAGAACUUUGAUUUGACGAACAAGGUUAGAUUCCUGUUCAAUUUCAAUCACAAUCCUGAUAUGGGCUCGAUCUCGUGGUCCGGGCCUCCGCCGCAGCCGGCGCCGCAGCCGGCUCCCUGGCUCAGCGACCCACCUACCCCCUCACGUGUUGAGGUGAGGGAAUCUACUACGAACACCUCAGUCCAGGAUACUUCAUCCCCCUCUACUGAUCUGAAACAAUUCGCGUUUCGAAGUCGGAAUUCCAGCGCCGCCGCCGUCGUUAGUACUCAUCAUAAUUUCAGUGACCCGCACAAUUAUAGUCAUAAUACUAUUAUUAAUAGUAAUAAUGAUAAUAAUUGUUCUGUACAAACACAAACCCAAACACGGGAUUUCAAUUUCUCCGAAUUUGGGAACUCCUCGUCACAACACUCUUGCAAACCGGAGACAGGAGAAACAACAAACUUCGGAGAAAGCACACCUCAAAGAAGGGGCGGUGGUAACCAGAAUCUAAUCUCCGGUCAGUUUCCUGCAGCUGAAGAGGGCAAAAACAAAAGGAGACCGGCCACGUCGAGGGCGAGCAAUGAUGAUGGAAUGCUUUCAUUUGUUUCGGACCGAAGUUCGGAUCUUGAGGCGUCAGUUGUGAAGGAAGCGGAUAGCAGUAGAGGAGCCGAGGAAGAGGUGGAGGCGGAGAAGCGGCCCCGGAAGAGAGGGAGGAAGCCAGCAAAUGGGCGGGAGGAACCGCUGAAUCACGUAGAAGCCGAGAGGCAGAGGAGAGAAAAGCUGAACCAGAGAUUCUACUCUCUGAGAGCGGUGGUUCCGAAUGUCUCGAAAAUGGACAAAGCUUCCCUCCUCGGAGACGCCAUCACGUACAUAAACGAGCUCAAGUCGAAGCUGGAGAGCUCGGAGUUGUACAUAGAUGACCUGAAGAUGAAACUGGAAUCCUCAAACAGGGAAUUAUUGGCUGCUGGUAGCAACACUAGCAGCAACAAAGCUGAACGGCCGAAGAAAUCAACAAACCAGACGAUUCCGACCGAUAUGGAGGUGGAAGUGAAGAUCAUGGGUUGGGAUGCGAUGAUCAGGAUACAAUGCAAUAAGAACAACCACCCAGCGGCCCGACUGAUGGUGGCGCUCAAGGAGCUCGACCUUGAUGUUACCCAUGCAAGCGUGUCUGUGGUGAACGAUUUGAUGAUCCAACAAGCGGCUGUCAAGAUCGGAGCGGCAGCCCAAUUUCACACUCAGGAUCAGCUCCGAAAAGCAUUGACAUCCAAGAUUGCAGAAAGUUGUGUGUGAAAGGAGAGAAAUGUUAGUGUAAUAAAACAAAUACAUGCAUUUUUUUUGAACCAGAAUCAGUUAAUUUUGCUGCUAAGUUCUUAGGGUUUUUAAAAAUAAGUUUUUAGUGAUUGUUUUUACGUAUUAAUGUACAUAUAAUUGUGAAUCUCGAGUAUAAACAUGCCAGGCUUCUAAUUAGAGAGCAAUCUGCGUGGCCUAGCUGAUACUUUUGUGUGAGAUUUGCAAUUUUGCAAGCGUUUUUUUGUGUACUUUUUUCUUGAAAUAAACUUUAAGGGCAUCAAAUUGGUUGCAGCACAUGAUUUCCACUGUACAAUCUUCUAAGAUAUACUAUGCAGCUGCACCAUGAAUUCUAGCAUGGUUUUAUUCCACAAA